CUGCUGCUGUACACGAGGUACUGCACGAAGGUACUGCACGAGAGGCACAGGAUGUGCGGCUGUGCGCGAACGAUAGAUCCUUCCCACCACACUUUCUCCGCAUCUUGUACAUGCUACGACGCGUCGCGGCAAACUGGGCGAUGCAACACGGCAACGGCGGGACGAAUAUGCCGCAGGCCGAGGGCGGGGAGGUUGCAGCACCUGGGCAAGGCACCCCUUGGAAGCUGGUGCGCGAGCAGCGGGGCUGGCAUGAGAAUAGGAUUGCUGGUUGGCCUUCUGGCGGCUUCAAUACGGCGGGUUGAGGCGUAUCCCGGGGAUAGCGAUCCUUGGUGGGUGUUCGUGACGAUGCCGUUCAUUUCUGGUGCGGUUGGAUACGUGACCAACAUCCUAGCGCUCAAGAUGACGUUCUAUCCGGUCGAGUUUUGGGGCAUCAAGAUCUGGCAGCCGGAGGACCAGCCGCUUGGGUGCAUUGGGUGGCAGGGUAUCGUGCCUGCGAAGGCGGCCAAGAUGGCGCAAAAGAGCGUUACGCUCAUGACCGAGAAACUCAUCAACAUCAAGGAAGUGUUUUCCCGGCUGGAUCCCGAUGAGAUGUGCGAGGCGCUCGAGCCCGGACUUCUGGCGGUGGUGAGCAGGGUGGUGACGGAGAUGGCGGCGAAACACAUGCCUGGGACGUGGCACUUCUUGCCGGAGGCAUCUAGGGACGACAUCGUCCUCAAGGCUCUUGAGGACGUGCCGAUUUUCAUGCGCUCCUUCAUGGGCGAGGUGAAGACCAACAUCGACGACGUUCUGGACGUCCACCACAUGGUAAUCACCAACCUCGUCAAGAACAAGGCCCUCAUGAACCGGGUGUUCAUGGAGGUCGGCGCGAAGGAGCUGGUCUUCAUCGAGAGGUCCGGCCUGCUGUUCGGGUUCCUGUUCGGCUGCUUGCAGACAUGCCUGUGGUACUUUUACCAGGAGAACUGGGUGCUUCCCGUCGGUGGUCUCGUGGUGGGCUGGCUGACGAACUACCUGGCACUGAAGAUGAUCUUCCGACCGGUCAACGAGCGGAUCGUGUGCGGCUUGAAACUGCAAGGGCUGUUCUUGAAACGGCAGACGGAGGUGUCGGCACACUUCGCCGAGAUCACUUCGAACGAAAUCCUCACCUCCCAAGCCAUGUGGGAGGCAAUAUUGACGGGGCCGAAGCGAGAUAGCUUCAACGACAUGUGCAAGAGGCAUACCCACAAUUUCGUCGACGACAUGGCCGGGAGCAUGAGGCCGCUGGUGCAGCACAUGAUCGGGGAGAACGAGUUCGUCGGCCUGAAGGACGAGAUUGCGCAGCAGAUGAUAGAGAACCUGCCCAUGGCAAUACGGUUUGGGCACACGUACACGACGAAGGCGCUCGACAUGUCCAACACGAUCCGAGUGGCGAUGCAAGGGCUGAGUCCGGCGGAAUUCGAAGGCGUUCUCCAUCCGGUGUUCGAAGAAGACGAGUGGAAGCUCAUCUUGGUCGGGGCGGCGUUGGGUGCUGCGGUCGGAGUGUUUCAGCUGUUCGUCUUGUUCUAG